AGCCAACGUCAUUUGACCUUCACCUCGAGACGUCUAAUCAUCCAGCAGCCUCCUCCUCCUCCUUCUAGCCUCGCAACAUUUUCCGCCAUGUCAGAGAUACAGAGCAUAUCAAUCGUCUCCACACAAACUGUGGCUCAGCCGAAACCGCAUACUACGUAUACUGUGCAGGUCACUACUCCUAUGCGAUCAUGGACUGUCUCGAGACGAUACAAUGAUUUUGUCGCGUUGAACGAUGAGCUUCUGUCCUCUACAGGGAAGGCGCCUCCAGCCGCACUGCCUCCGAAGCAUCCAUGGUCCAUCACUCGGAGCGCAUACGAUCAGAAGGUCAUACGCGAACGAAAGGUCCUACUAGAGGCAUACCUUCGGGCCAUUCUGAACCACCGAGAUCCCCGGUGGAGAUCAUCAUACACCUAUCUCGACUUUUUGGCCGCUCCAGCUGCCUCUUCGUCCUCUGUUCCUACCUCUUGGACCCCUUCCAACUGGUUGUCAGAGCAUACGAACAUCCAAGCCCAACUUCGUACGGCUCGAUCAGCCCUCCUGAAACGCGAUGCUCUGGCUGGGAUGGGAGACGCACCUGGAUCUCGUGGUGCCAGUGUGGAAGCGAAGAAGAUGCUGAGGGAUGUCGGAGAGAGGAUCGAUGCUCUCAGUCAAGCUCUGGGUGAUAUCUCGAAAUCUAUAGGUGAAGGCGAAAGAAAGAGGAGAGAAGAGAUGAUUGAAGGGUUGAAAAAUGAACGAGGGGACUUGCAGAGGAUGGCAGAUGCUGGAGUGAGGACCAUACGAGAUAUGGCGCCAAAAGCAGGCGAGACAUCAGGUUUCGGCGCUGGAAGUCGGAACAUGCCUGGAUCCAUCCCAAAUGGCUCAGGCGCUGUCGGUCCCGCGCCUGGGAGAGUGUUUGGUCGACAACCUCCGCCAGAAGAGACCUCUGAGACCAGACCGCUGGAUGAUCGAGGUCUGCUUCAACUCCAACAGACCAAGAUGGACGACCAAGAUAGUCAGUUGGAAGAGCUAAGCAAGAUUUUGCGACGACAGAGGAACAUGGGAGAAGAUAUAGACCGAGAGAUCAGGGAUCAGAACGAGAUCCUGGAUGAGAUCCAGACGGAUGUGGACAAGGUCGGAGGCAAGAUGGCGAGGGCUAAGCGACAGCUCAACAAGCUCAGCUGAGCCCCAUGGCCUAGUCUCAUGUUGUAAUCUCUGCCCUUCACAACUUUAACGACCUAUCUUUCAUGCCAUGAUCACACGUUAUGAAUCCUUCGCU